GGCCGCGCGCCUCCCGGCCGGAUGCGCGCCCCGUCCAUCACCGCGCGGGGGGCGGGCCCGGCCAAUGGCGGGCGCGUGUGGCGCCCGUCACCGUGGCGACGGGGCCGGUCCCGGGGAGGCGGUGAUGGGUUGACAGGUGCGUGACAGUCGGGAGCUUCUCCGCAGGCAUGUACGGCAAAGGCAAGAGCAACAGCAGCGUCCCGUCCGACAGCCAGGCCCGCGAGAAAUUAGCACUGUACGUAUAUGAAUAUCUGCUCCAUGUAGGAGCACAGAAAUCAGCCCAGACAUUUUUAUCAGAGAUAAGAUGGGAAAAGAACAUCACACUGGGGGAGCCCCCAGGAUUCUUGCAUUCCUGGUGGUGUGUGUUCUGGGAUCUCUACUGUGCAGCUCCAGAAAGACGAGAAACAUGUGAACACUCGAGUGAAGCAAAAGCCUUUCAUGACUAUAGUGCUGCAGCAGCUCCCAGCCCAGUGCUAGGAAACAUUCCCCCAGGAGAUGGCAUGCCAGUAGGUCCAGUACCACCGGGGUUUUUUCAGCCUUUCAUGUCCCCCCGGUACCCUGGAGGCCCAAGGCCACCUCUCAGAAUACCCAACCAGGCCCUCGGAGGUGUCCCGGGGAGUCAGCCCCUCCUGCCCAGCGGGAUGGACCCCACACGGCAGCAGGGUCAUCCAAACAUGGGAGGGCCAAUGCAGAGGAUGACUCCUCCGAGGGGAAUGGUGCCAUUAGGACCACAGUCUGACCCUUGGUUGUCGUUGCAGAACUAUGGAGGUGCCAUGAGACCCCCUCUGAACGCUUUAGGUGGCCCGGGGAUGCCUGGGAUGAACAUGGGUCCUGGGGGUGGUAGACCUUGGCCAAACCCAACCAAUGCCAAUUCUAUACCCUAUUCCUCAGCCUCUCCUGGGAACUACGUGGGUCCUCCAGGAGGUGGAGGGCCACCAGGAACACCCAUCAUGCCUAGUCCUGCAGAUUCAACCAACUCUGGAGACAACAUGUACACUUUAAUGAACGCUGUGCCACCUGGGCCCAACAGACCUAAUUUUCCACUGGGGCCAGGCUCAGACGGGCCCAUGAGCGGGCUGGGCGGGAUGGACUCACACCACAUGAACGGAUCUUUAGGCUCAGGAGACAUGGACAGUAUUUCCAAAAACUCUCCCAGUAAUAUGAGCAUGAGCAACCAGCCUGGCACUCCCAGGGAUGACAGUGAGAUGGGUGGAAACUUCCUAAACCCUUUUCAGAGUGAGAGUUACUCCCCUAGCAUGACAAUGAGUGUGUGACCCGUUCUCAAGUGUCGCCAUGAAGACCACAGUGAGUUGGCCCUCUCCAGAGAGCUACUGCAGAAGAAAAUCAUUCGUCCCAGUGUACAGUUUAACUAAAGGAUCUCACACACAAUCAGACCCACCUGAUUUUUUUUUUUUUUUUUCUCCUACCAUCUCCCCUGUUUUGUCAAGAAAGUGGGUCCCAAACAUGCUUGAGACAACUGUAAGGAGUGGCAUGAGAGAAGUGCCCGAGGUGGAGCUGCCAGCGCCUGUCUGUGUGUGUACAUGUGUGGGUCAGCAUGGGGUGUGUGUGUGUGGCACCAAACACACACACACACAGACCCCAGGACACUGUAAAAUAGGAUCACGUGACAUCUUACGUAGAAAUCAGAAGUAGGGACUUUUAUUCCAUUUCUUUUUUUUUUUUUUUUUUUUUUCUUUUUCACGUUUACAUUUUAAUUAUUAAAAUUUGCUUUCCCUCUCCCAUCCUGAACUGUUUUAUGUUGCAUAUAUCACUGCUUUAUAAGUUAUUUUUUAAGUUGAACUCAAAGGAUAAAUUCUUUUGAUUUUGUUAGUGUCUGCCAUUAUGGUUAGGAAUAAAAUUGCUUAUACGAGCUUUCAUUA